AUGCAUAUUAUUGGAGAGAGAGUGUAUGACAUAGUCUUACGACUGCGUCUUGUUUGCAUUCACGGAUCGAGCAGCUCCCCCCUAAAGAGGUCCUGCUCUGGCUGCGCCUGGCUGGACCUGCGUAGCCUCAUCGCCCCUGGGGCUCUUCGAGUGGAGUCCACUUGCGCCCUUGAAGGCUCCGACUUGCUCCAGAGUAGCGGCACUUUCCUGAGCCUGUCGCUGGAGUUGAGUUUCGAUGUGACUCCAGCUGAGAGCGAGGACAUGAAGGUCCAUCCCAGCAGCCUGCUACCCCAUCGGAAAGAUAGUCCGAGCAAGUUUUCUGGGUCGGAUGGUGCGGCCACGUCUUUUCAUGAGGCUGUCCAAUGGGGCUGCGAGGCGAUCUUCAGAGACUGCCCGAAGCUUGGCAGCGUGGAAGAGGCCGUGGCACAGCUCAAAGAGGUCAACAGCUAUGAGGAUAUAAAGCAGCAUCUUCGCGAGUCGAUUAUCUGCGUGUUUCGAGAACGGCUGCGCAAGGAGAGCUCUGCAGUCCCGGGACGGCCUUUGAGAGGAAAAGCAAGAGAAGACUUCAUCUCGAACGCGUAUUCCUAUUUGCAGCUGACUGCAGCAGACGUGCUGGCCAAGCUGUACCCGCCGCCCGAUUCUAAAGAUGAAGCCUCCGAUGCCAGCAAAGAGGCCGACAGGUUGGCAAGACUCGCAUACGAGGCGGAACUGGUCGGCAAGUGGGAUCGUGCCGCAGCUCUGUUGCAGAAUCGCUUCCUUCUCCCGGAGCUCGGCCUGCGUGAGGACCCUUCUGAGUGGGUGGCCUUCGCCAAGUUCUGCGCAAGAAGACGAGGCCGGCAGGCUGCGGCCGAGGAGGCCCUCUGCCAGGCGGCCAAGCUGAUGGGAUCUGGCAGAGAAGCUUCUCCCGAGCUCCAGCUCGAGGUGGAACUCUUCCUCGGCUGCCUCGUUCUGGAGCGGGGCCGGUAUGAGGAGGCCAUUGCGACCUUCCAGGCGAAAGUCGACAAGGAUGUUGCGAAUCCAAUGUUUCGGUUCCUGCUGGGGCUUGCGCUUUUCCUGCGAUGCAGAUUUGAUGAGGGCCUUGCCUACCUCGAAUCUUCCGGAAAGCCUCGCGAAUGGUUCAAGGGCCUACCCGAUGAAGCGGCCAUCGUCAACAAGCUCAAGGCCUUUCGGAAGACAGAUGGACCCCCCAAUGUUCUGCAGCUGGCGGGUUUCUUGGAGCAGCUCCUGAGCUUCGGGCUCCCGAGUCUGGUCUUCACCUUCCUAGACCAAACUGGCUUGCUGCCCCAGGAAUGCCUGGCUAGCGAGAGCAUGGUGCUGAUUGAUGCCAAGGCCUUGGCUCUGGACCGUGACUGGCAUGGGGCCGUCGCACGCAUCCAGCCGCUGCUCUCAGAAGCUAGCUACGAGGUGUGCAAACUGGCCGGGGAGUGCUACGUGCAGCUGCAGGACUUUGACAAAGCGCUGCAGGUCUUGCAGGCAGCACUUGCCUUCGACGACAGGGACGAAGACCCAGCGCUGUACAUCCGAUUAGGCUCCGUGCUGCUCGUGAAGAAGCGUUGGAACCAGGCUCGCGACGCGUUCCUUCGAUCCAUCCAGGCAAAGUCGACAGCAGAGGCAUGGAGUGGUGUGGCCUACGCCGAGUUCCGCUCAGACCAGCUGUCGAGCUGCUACGAGGCUCUCUGUGAGGCGAAUCUCCUCGACACCGAGCGUACGGACGUCUGGGCUCUCCUCUGCCUGGUGCCCGCCUCUGCACAGCGAAGAGUGACCGCAGGGCAGAAGAGGGAACCUCUCUAA